CUUUAAAACGCUUUAUUUUAGCCGCCGGGGAAAAAAUUGGUGACAAGAGCAGAGAGAGUCGCCAUGGACGCAGCAGAUUGCUAUCUCGAAGGAAACGCCGACGCCGUAGAAUUCUGUCCUCACGAGUCUUACGCAAACUUGCUCGCAGCUUCGACUUAUACACUUCAAGAAGGAGAUUGUCCCUCUCGAUCCGGGUCAGUGUAUCUAUUUGAUGUCGGAGAUGUUGAAGAUGUUGGCUUGAAUCUUAUCCAGAAAAUUGACACUGCUGGAGUUUUCGAUAUCCGGUGGAGUCGUGGUGGCGAUGGAGGAGACGUGGCGCUUGCUCAGGCUGAUGCUGAUGGAUGCUUGAUAGUUUACAAGAUAGAUGAGACUGAAAGUAAAGGUACUCUGAGAGAAGUCUCCGGGAAAAGAAUCAGCUCAUCAAUGUGUCUUUGUUUGGAUUGGGAUCCAUCAUCAACAUCAAUCGUUGUUGGUUUAUCAGAUGGCUCUGCUUCAGUUGUUUCAUUCACGGAUUCUAAUCUAGAAACAGUUCAAGAAUGGAAAGGGCAUGACUUUGAGCUUUGGACGGCGUCAUUCGAUCUCAACAAUCCUAAUUUGGUCUAUACUGGAUCAGAUGAUUGCAAGUUCAGCUGUUGGGAUAUCAGAGAUAGUCCGGCUGACAAUCGGGUUUUUCAGAAUUCCAAAGUUCAUACAAUGGGUGUUUGCUGUAUUUCAUCAAACCCAAGUGAUCCUUACUCUAUAUUCACCGGAAGUUAUGAUGAAACCUUAAGAGUUUGGGACACGAGGUCUGUUUCGAGACCUCUGAACGAAACAUCAGUGUCUUUAGGUGGUGGAGUGUGGAGAAUCAAGCACCAUCCUUCUCUGAGCGGUGUUGUAUUGGCGGCUUGUAUGCAUAACGGUUUUGCUUUAGCGAAGGUUAGUGAUGGGAAAGGUGAAGUGUUGGAGAGUUAUAACAAGCAUCAUUCUCUUGCUUAUGGAGCAGAUUGGUACAGAGGGAAAGAUCAGAAGCAAAGCGUUGUGGCAACUUGUUCGUUUUAUGAUCGGCUUCUUCGGGUAUGGAUGCCGAUAACUGAUUUUUCCACACGAUGUUCCUAAACUUAAGAACACAGCUGUUAAGGUAGAUUCAUCUGUGCUCCGACUUGAAUUAGGAAAUUUCUUUGAGCUCUGAUUUCGAAGGGUCAUGUUGUUGUACUUCGUUUUCCUUAUUUCCCGGAAUAUUUAUUUGGUUGAAGUUGUUUCAAGAACCAUCUGAUAUGGUUGAAACAACUUGAACCCCAUACUUAAUGAAAGUGAAUUUAAUAACA